CGACCCUCUUCUCAACUCCUGUUAUUUAUUCAGGAGGGUUCCGCAACCGCAACCAGCGCUUCUCCUUUUCUCCGCCAUCAAGCCCGAGUUUAGAUUGCAUUCGUUGCAGUAUCUCGCAGUCUCCGGCGAUGGAGAUGAAGCCUGAAAGCAAGAAAAACGACGAGGUCCUCAGCAACUGCAGCCUCCUCUCUGUCAGACCUUAUGUCGCUCCGUCCUGGGCCUCGCACCUAAAUCCAAUCCCCACUCACUUCUCUUCUCUUGCACAGGUUCCUACUCCCAUUCACAAGUGGAACCUUCCUAAUCUGCCCAACAACACCGAGGUCUGGCUCAAGCGUGAUGAUCUUUCAGGAAUGCAAAUGAGUGGCAAUAAAGUCAGAAAAUUAGAGUUCUUGAUAGCAGAUGCUUUGCAACAGGGUGCGGACUGUAUUAUAACCAUAGGAGCCAUCCAAAGCAAUCACUGCCGGGCUACUGCUGUGGCUGCAAAGUAUUUCAAUCUUGACACCUAUCUUAUUCUAAGCACUUCCAAGGCCCUUGUGAAUCAAGACCCUGGAUUGACUGGAAAUCUCCUUUUUGAGCGGUUAGUGGGAGCUCAUGUUGAACUUAUCUCAGAGGAAGAGUAUGCAAAAAUUGGAAGCGUGGCACUAACAGAUUAUCUAAAGUCAAAAUUAGUCGCUGAAGGAAGAAAGCCAUAUGUUAUUCCUAUUGGAGGAUCGAAUUCCCAUGGAACUUGGGGAUAUAUUGAAGCAAUUAGGGAGAUUGAACGGCAACUGGAUACUGGAAUCGACAAGAUCAAGUUUGAUGAUAUUGUAGUAGCUUGUGGCAGUGGGAGCACAGUCGCUGGUCUAGCAUUGGGAUCAUGGUUGAGCACAUUGAAGGCAAAAAUUCGUGCAUUCUCCGUUUGUUAUGAUCCUGAUUACUUCCACAAGUUGGUUCAAGGUUUACUCGAUGGCCUUCAUGCCGGUGUUGACUCACACGAUAUAGUUGAAAUCCAAGAUGCAAAGGGUCUUGGCUAUGCAAUUAGCACGCCUGAUGAGCUUAAUUUUGUAAAAGAAGUUGCUGAAUCCACGGGCGUUGUUCUUGAUCCAGUAUACAGCGGGAAAGCAGCUUAUGGUAUGAUGAAAGACAUGCCUGAGAAUCCAAAGAAGUGGGAAGGGAGGAAGAUUCUGUUCAUUCAUACUGGAGGACUGUUGGGACUGUACGCCAAAGCUGAUCAGCUGGGCUCAAUGUUGGGGAAGUGUAGUCGUUUGGACGUUAAUGAGUGUGUGCCUCGAAUCAAUGGAGUUAGGAAAAUGUUCUAAAACAUCGCAAUGAAGUUUCUUAAUAGAUGUUUGAAUUAUCAGGGAUAGUACUUUUGUAUUUUAUGAAAUUAUUUAUGACAUUCUUUUCUUUUUUUGUUUACGACAAAAGGUAACGUAUUGGAUUACAGAAACUGUAAAAGAAAAUUUUAGGGAUUAAUUUUGCUUCGCUCAAUCUUUCUCCAGGG